UCGAUUCAAUAGUUAAAAAACCUGGUUGUCUGACAAACAUCAAAUCGCGGAAGGACCGUGGUAGCCGUGGUUUGCGAUCGGACUUGUGACAGAUUAUCUUCAGGAACUAUGACUUCUUCCAACUCUGACCAGCGUCUUGAUCAUCUUCUCAGCGCCGUAGAGAGCGAGUUUCAGAAGGGCAGCGAGAAAGGAGACGCUUCCGAGCGGGAUAUUAAACUGGAGCUAGAAGAUGCAGAUCUGUGGGGAAAGUUCAAAGAACUAACUAACGAGAUGAUUGUAACCAAGACUGGAAGGCGGAUGUUUCCCGUUCUGCGAGCUAACAUCGCGGGCCUAGACCCCAACGCCAUGUACUCUGUUCUGCUGGACUUCGUUGCUGCGGACAACAACCGUUGGAAGUACGUGAACGGCGAGUGGGUUCCUGGUGGCAAGCCCGAGCCGCAGAGCCCUAGCUGCGUGUACAUCCACCCAGACUCGCCGAAUUUCGGUGCGCACUGGAUGAAAGCGCCCGUCUCCUUCAGCAAAGUCAAACUGUCUAACAAACUGAAUGGAGGUGGCCAGAUUAUGCUGAACUCCUUGCACAAGUAUGAGCCCAGGAUACACAUUGUAAAAGUUGGUGGCAUUCAGAAAAUGAUCAGCAGCCAAUCCUUUCCUGAGACACAAUUCAUUGCUGUCACGGCCUAUCAGAACGAAGAGAUCACAGCUCUGAAGAUCAAACACAACCCCUUCGCCAAGGCCUUCCUGGAUGCAAAGGAGAGUAGAAGUGAGCAUAAGGAUAUUCCCGACCACAGCACAGACAACCAACAGGCCGGCUAUUCACAGCUUGGCGGUUGGUUCCUGCCCAGCAACGGCCCCAUUUGCCCCAACAGCAGCCCUCCCCAGUUCCCAGGUACCCCGGCCCACUCUUCGGGGUCGUACUGCGAGCGCUACUCCAGCCUGAGGAGCCACCGGGCAGCCCCGUACCCCAGCCACUACCCCCACAGAGGCAGCAGCACCACUUCUUUUGUAGACAACUACAUGGAUAACUCCUCAGGAAGCCUUGGCACCCAUGACAGCUGGUCGACCCUGCAGAUCCCCAACUCCAGUGGAAUGGGCACCUUGGCCCACACCACCAACGCCACCUCCAACACCAGCCAGUAUCCCAGCCUGUGGUCGGUUGCUGGGACGACCAUCGCUCCGUCGGGUUCCACGUCCGGUUCUAUCCCAAGCGGCUUGACCUCCCAGUUCCUGCGCGGUUCCUCCGUGUCCUACUCGGGUCUGCCCGUCUCCUCCCCGUCCUCCAUGUAUGACCCAGGCCUGAGCGAUGCCGGCGUCGGGGAUGCCCAGUUUGAGAGCUCCAUCGCCCGCCUCACGGCCUCCUGGGCACCGGUGGCACAGAGUUACUGAGACUGACCAACAAACAAACAAACAAACAAUGACACAAACAUUCAGUUGCUUCUGAAGCAGACCGAACCAGAAAUACCCAUUUCGACAGUCUUCAACCAAACUCUUGCUUCCGUGAAGGUGGAACUCUGAAAAGGGCUUGUGUUUGAACGUGCUGCAUCUCACCUGGCCCUUCCGUGUCACAAAGGUCUGGGAGGUUUCGGCUGGAGGUCAACAGGAAGCCGUGAAAACCAGCCGGGCAUUAAACUUGAAGCCACCUUCUCUUCAGGCAGUUGUUGCUAUUCUAUUCAGUCAGUGUUCCUGACGGGUGACGCACUGGUUGUCAUACUCUGGCGUGAGACAAUCAAUCGAGACGGAGAAACUGAGACUUGGGGGUCAAAAAAGGACGCACUCAAAGCAAUGCCAAUGAUGGAAUUUAAACUGUCUACUGUUACAUCUUUGUUCAAUUCAAAAACAUUAUUAUUAUAAUUAUUAUUAUUGUUGUUAUUAAUACUAUAAUUAUUAUAACUGAAGAUAGAUGACAUAAGGAUCUGUUUGUGUAUAUGUGUAAAUAAAUAAUUAUUAUUUCUGUAUUAUCUGGUGGUCAAGUGAAGGACUCUUUGAAGGAAAUGACUGUCUUUGUCAUGGCAACGGGAAGUGUCUUGUAUUUUUGAAGUAAGAAGAAAGAUCACUGCUUCAUGUAUUCUCCCAGAAUGUGUGUUGAUUAUGAAAAGACAAAAAAAUGAACAAAACAAACACAUGUACAGA